AUGGAACAUACUAGGACGGGAACCGAGGGAAAAAAUGAAAAUAUCGAUGAACUUUUAAACAGUGCCUUGGAGGACUUGGAGAAUAUUCCAAAGAAAACUAAGAAAUCUAAAACAAAAGUUAAGAAAAGUGUCGAAGAUGAACUUAUGGGGCUAAUGGAAAAAGUUGGAUUUGCCGGUAGUACAAGAGAAUCUCUUAACGCUGAAAUGUUAAAUUUAUACAAGAUGGCCGAGAAGAACAGGGCUGAGUCGUCGGCAACCUCAAUUCAGGACGCACUGAACCAACUCGCCUUAGACUCGGAGAAACUGCAGGAAUUACCAACUGAAGAGGAAAUGAACAAGAUGUUUGAUGGAGUACAAGGAGCUGAUCUUGAACAAGGAUUAGGAAAUCUGAUCCCAAUGAUGGAAGGAAUGAUGCAGACACUGCUCUCUAAGGAUCUUCUGUAUCCUGCAAUGAAGGAUUUGAAUGACAGGUUUCCUGACUGGCUAGCAGAUAAUAGGCAAACCCUACCGGAGACGGAAUAUGCUAAAUACAACAAACAGUUUGAUUUAGCGCGAAAGAUUUGUAUUGAAUUUGAAAGCGAGAAGGAAGUGAAAAGUUCAAAUUCUGAUGAUAAGGAAAGAUUUGAGCGAAUAAUGGGUUUAAUGCAGGAGAUGCAAGAGCUUGGGCAUCCUCCGACAGAACUGGUUGGAGGAGAAGGAGGUGGGUUUCCGAUGAAUGGGUUGGGUUUACCAACCUCUCCGGAGCAGUGUGCAAUCUCAUAA